AUGCGCGCUGUGGCCUAUGGCACUGCUCUGGUGGCCAAUUCGUCGUGUGGGACCCUGAUAUUAACGGGGGUUUUGGUCGUGGUAUGGUUCAUCGUUAUGUACUGGCUUUUCUUUGUCGUUGUACCAGGCCUUAUCAUGGACCAGCACCUUCGCCAUCUCCCGCAGGCCCCAGGGCAUAUCCCGCUCCUAGGGCAAGCCCUCUGCCUUUUGGAGGGCUCGCCAAGCUCAAAAAUGGCGAUGUGGAGUCUCUACCCACAUCAUUGUGAUGACGAUGGCAAGAAAACUGAGAAGCAAUCCACCAAUCGUAUUGUUACCUUCAAUGUUUUUUGCCAACGUGUCGUGUACAUCAAUGAGCCAGCCUUACUGAAGCGUGUCCUGCUGACAAACCAGCGGAACUACAUAAAAGAUAUUGCCUCUUCGUACAAGCACUUUAUGUGCCUCCUCGGGAAUGGGCUUGUGACGGCGGAGGGGGAAAAGUGGAGAAAGGGCCGUCUGCUGCUUUCGCAUGCUCUGCGUAUUGACAUUCUAGAAGAAAUUCCCGAAUUGGCGAUGAGAGCAGUAACGAGGGUUAUGGACAGGCUUGCUGCCGUCAAUGACACCUGCCCUUUUCUGGAUAUGAAUGAGGAGUUCCGCCACAUGACUUUGCAGGUGAUUGGAGAAACUGCGCUUUCCUUCACCGCCGAGGAAACGGACCGCAUCUUCCCCGCCUUGUAUCUCCCUAUUGUUCAUGAGUGUAACCGACGGGUCUGGGAGCCAUGGCGCACGCUGAUGCCCUUCACGAAAGGAUUUCAAAAACGCCGCCAGUGUUUGAAACAGCUGAACGAGGUCCUGCACGACAUCAUUCAGAAAAGAUGGGAAAACCGUCACUCGGCUCACAAGCGCGAUAUUAUGGCUUUGUGCAUGUCCCAAAUUGAUAAAAUGGAUAAUGCCAUGAUAAAGCAGCUCCGAGAUGACGUGAAAACAAUUCUGUUGGCCGGCCAUGAAACUUCAGCGGCGCUACUGACGUGGGCAACAUACGAGGUUAUCUGCCAUCCCGAUGUGCGAGAUAAGCUUAUAGAGGAGGCAAAAGUAUUGUUUGAUCCGGCGCGCUGCGAGAACAAGGUUGUGACAAGCCAAGGUGUCACCUGGGGUAUCCCCACCGCUAACGACGUACGGAAAUUGCUUCGGUGGUCUCCGGCUAUUCUUCGUGAAACAUUGCGCAAGCAUUCUGUGGUUCCCCUUGUUAUGCGCUAUGUUGUAAAGAACGAUCGGUGGCCUGCUUCUGAAACCGGUCUUGACAAAGACAUUGUUAUUCCUGCAGGGUGCAGUGUGGCAGUGGGGAUUCAGGCUGUGCACCACCGCCCAGACAUUUGGCCGGACCCUGAGGAGUUUAAACCAGAGCGUUUCCUAGAUGUGGAGCUCGCAAACAACACCAACGCCCUGAAUAAUGAAAAGUACAACAAUUCCAUUGAUCCAUAUGCGUUCAUUCCUUUCAUCAAUGGCCCGCGCAACUGCCUUGGACAACACCUUUCAAUCAUGGAGACACAAGUGGCGCUGGCGUACUUAUUCCUGAACUGGGAUCUGAGCUUAUAUGGUAUCGACGCAAAGGCAAGUGACGCAGCAAAGCGUGCAUUCCAGGAGGAGGCUGGCCGCCCGCACAAAUACUUGAUCCCCAUUGUGCCUCGUGCUGGGUUGAAGGUGGUGGGGGAGCCACGUCUGAGAAUAUGA